UGCGCCUGCGUAGAGUGGUCGGAGAGGGGGUGCGGGCAGGGGGAGGGCCGGGUUCCCUGGCGCGCGCAGCCGCUGAGCCCCGCAGCCUUGCCCGCUCGCCCCCGCGCUGCGCACUUGCCAGCCAGUCCGCCCGUCCGGAGCCCGGCUCGCUGGGGCAGCAUGGCGUGGUCGCCGCUGCUCGGCGGGCCGCGGGCCGGGGGCGUCGGCCUUCUGGUGCUGCUGCUGUUCGGCUUACUUCGGCCGCCCCCCGCGUUCUGCGCACGGCCGGUAAAGGAGCCCCGCGGCCUGGGCGCAGCCUCGUCGCCCCUGGCCGAGGCUGGCGGCCCCCGCCGCUUCCGGAGAGCAGUGCCCCGGGGCGAGGCGGCGGGGGCCGUGCAGGAGCUGGCGCGGGCGCUGGCGCACCUGCUGGAGGCCGAGAGGCAGGAGCGGGCGCGGGCCGAGGCGCAGGAGGCCGAGGAUCAGCAGGCGCGCGUCCUGGCGCAGCUUCUGCGAGCCUGGAGCACCCCCCGCACCAACGACCCCGCGCUGGGCCUGGAGGACGACCCCGACGCGCCCGCCGCUCAGCUGGCCCGCGCCCUGCUCCGCGCCCGCCUGGACCCCGCCGCCCUCGCGGCCCAGCUCGUCCCCGGCCCUGCCCCCGCCGCUGCGCUCAGACCCCGGCCCCCGGUCUACGAUGACGGCCCCACCGGCCCAGAGGCCGAGGACGCCGGCGACGAGACGCCCGAUGUGGACCCGGAGCUGCUGAGGUACUUGUUGGGGCGAAUCCUGGCGGGGAGCGCCGACCCCGAGGCUAUGGCUGUCCCGCGCCGCCUCCGCCGUGCCGCCGACCAGGAUCUGGGCCCCGAGGUGCCGCCGGAGGGAGUGCUGGGGGCCCUGCUGCGGGUGAAGCGCCUGGAGACCCCCUCGCCCCAGGCGCCGGUUCGCCGCCUCCUGCCCCCCUGAGCACCCUCGGGCCCAGGACCACCCCACCCCAACACCCCGACUGCUCCCCGUUGGCACAUCGAGAGCGGCUUACCCCGUCAGCCUAAGACGCAGUUGCAGCCCUAGAACCCCAAGAUCCCCGCCUUUGGCCCCACAAUAAAUGCAAUCUGAAGCA